GUUAUCUAAAGUAGAGCGCUACCGCCAGAGGCACAGCUUCUACUACAUAAUCUUAAGUUGCAACAAACCGGUGUACUAUAUAGCAUAACGAGAAUCGGCAGCACAAAUGCUCCACUUCCUCAAAGCUUCCACUAAGCACCAUCUGCCUUCCUUGGCCGGACCUACGCGUGGCUGGAACGGUGCUCUGGAUAACCAGGAACGAGAUGCACUCUUCGAUAGCUGGGCACACCAUACUCUACCCCACGAGGGAAUCCGUCCAGCUGGUCAACUGCUCCCUCCUGGCUCACAUGGCUCAGGAUGAAGAAGCACCCGAGGGCGAGGACCUCUGUGCCCUGAGCAGCGGCGGACUUCGAGACACGGGGGACCCUGGGGCGCCGCUCAUGGUGGACACGACGCAGGGCUGGGCGCUUGUGGGCCUCCUCUCUUGGCUGGGCGACAGCCAGACUCUGUCCACCCUGGCAGUGUUCACAGACGUCCGGUCCCUCAUGCCCUGGCUGCUCGAGACUGUCUUCAAGACUUUCUGAGCCCCCAGUUUCGAGGCGUUACCUCCUCGAAAACCUGCGCUUCGUUGCUACGCGAGGCGCUUUUGUUGCUAGCGCAUCAUUAAAGCGCAACCGACGUAAC